ACGUGGUCACAAUAUUGUAAAUACACAAAAUAAUAAUGGGUAAACCAACAAAACAACAUCGAAAACGGAAAUUCAAUUACGACAAGAACAGAAGGAAAGAAUGGCUGAAAUCAAAAAAGAUGCCAACGAUUGAAUGUAAACAAGUAAAAAAUGCAUGGGACUCAAAAAGGUCAGUAAAGGAGAACAUGCUGGAAAUGGGUCUGGCAACUGACCCAAAUAAGACCAUCAGUAUACCUAAAACUAAGGAUUCCCUAGUUACGAGCAUUCCUGGCUCAUCUAAAAAAACAGAAAUGAAGGAGGAAGCUGCACCAGCUGUCAAGCAAUAUGUAGCUUUAGAGUUAGAGGCAGAAGCCAAUAUUCCCCAGAGGAGACGGCUGAGACUAUCAGAGCCAGAAACGCGAUAUUGUAUCUAUAUGAUGGAGAAAUAUGGAGAAGAUUAUAAGGCAAUGGCGCGAGACAUGAGGAAUUAUUACCAGGACACACCCAAACAAAUAAAGAGUAAGAUCAAAGCGUUCAAAAGUAUCCCAGAACAGUAUGGCGAGUAUCUAAAGAGCAAGGGAGUGAAAGACGUCUUAUCGGAGGAGGGAUUGACCACGCCGACACGCCGGACAAUAGAUAUGGCUGUCGUUCAAAGACACGACACCCGGAAACGCCGGGCAAAACGUAGAAAUGGUCACUACACCACACCUCCGGGACGCGUCCCCACCCCUGCCAAACGAAGUGGCACCAAAUCAGAAGAUAUCCCAUGGCACAAAGUGAAGAGAAAGUUACAUUUUGGACGAGUACCUCCCCGACCUCGGACCAACUCCAGCUCACAGGCUGCAAGACCAUUGAGAUUUCAAAAGCCCAAGGGAGGUCAUUCUCCCAGAAAGUCUGUCACUGCCAGCGUUGCCCACAAACCAGGCUUGUCAAGGGAACUCCACCAUCUUCUAACAUCAGCUUGUUUUGUUCCUGUGCGACUAAGGUCAACCUUUAAGAACUGGGGUCAUAACUGUCAUGUUGACCAACCAAAACAGCAUGGAUGUAAACUCCACUCCUCACAUGAACUCACAAACUUAAAAAUCACAGACGCAACACAUUCACAAAUCUCCCGCAGCAAACGAAUCUCUAGAAGAAGUUAUAACAGAGGCUACAAAUUACAUUCUUCACAAGAAAAAACCAAUCUGGUGCUGCCCUCGCACAGGAGUCCACAGGGAGCUCGCUAGUGUUAAAGGAGUCCGCAGAUAAAGAGAUUUUUUCCAAACAGUAUAGCGAAAUUGGUGCUGAAUAUUUCUAAGAAAAAAAUUCUAUAUACUAGUUUAAGUCUUUUGCUGUAUUAUUUUGACCUUUGGUUGAACAUACCAGACUAUAAAUUGUGAUCAAGUAGUCUGUAUUUAAAAAUGAGAUCUCCACUUUCCUUUUCAAGAUAUUUUGAGUGGUAUUUCUUUUCCAAUGUUAAUGAUUUUCUUUGAUAAUUAGUAUUUCAG